AUGUCCUUCGUCUCGAGCCCCGUUGCCCCCCUCAGCGCUCCUGCUAGCCGCGGCGCACUUGCCGCGGCGGCCCCGGCCAGCUGGCCCGUCCCGUGCGUCACCAUCACCGUCACCCCGGCCACCCCCGGCGGCGAGCAGACCGCCGCGCAGAUCCUCGCGGGCGUGCUCGUCGCCGAGCCGCACCUGCUGUACCCACCCGGGCGGCUGUGUCGGUCUCAGGCUGUUGCUGUUGCCCCGCUCGUGACCCCGGCCCAGCCGCUGCCAAAAACACUCCCGCUGCCAAAAGCACUCCCACUGCCCACCCGGCCGAGACUCCGGCGCACAUCCGCGUCGCGCACUGUCCGCCGCCUCGCUGCACCGCCCCCGAUGGUGCGCGGCGUCGGCGUUGUUGGCCGGCCGCAGUUCGUGCCCGUGCCUGCCCGGCCCGCGCUGCGGCGUGCUACUCCUUACCAAACUACUCAACGGAGAUAG